AUGGCUGCCGAAACUCAGACUGCUGAUCAUGAUUUGGUAGAUGGCGCUAUUUUAGGAGUCCUCCCAGAAGGAGAGAAGGUGCUUAGUGUGGAGCGUUGUGGGACUUCAACCUGGGCUCUGACGGCUCGCAUGAUAGUUCGGUCUCCUGAUGGCUCGGAGAGAAGCUACUUCUUAAAGAUCUUAUCUUCUUCCGAUGCUCCUCUUCGAGUUCGCGGUGAAUAUCUGGCCAUGAGGGAGAUCUAUCAGACACUUCCGACCUUCGCACCCAGACCAGUAGGAUAUGGCCUCUGUAGUGACGAGGAAGCGUCCUUCUUCAUCUGCGACUAUGUGCCUCUCGAAAACAAACUCCCUGACCCAGUUCGACUAGGCCAGCAGCUGGCCGAGUUACACAAGAAAAGCCAGUCACCGACCGGCAUGUUCGGUUUCUACUGCACAACGUUUGACGGAAGGCUCCCGCUCAACACGACUUGGGAAAGCAGCUGGACAGUAUUCUUUCAGAAAUUGAUGCUCGGCGUAUAUCAGCUUGAUGUCGAGACGAACGGUCAUUGGAAGGAGCUAGAUGAGGCAAUGCAAGUUACCAUCGACGAACUCAUCCCUCGUCUCCUUGACGUAUUGACGUCAGAGGACCGGUCGAUAAAGCCUUGUUUGAUCCAUGGUGACUUAUGGGAAGGGAACAUCGGCACGAAUGCCAAUACAGGCGAGAUUUCGAUCUUCGACGCUUGCUCUUAUUAUGCUCAUCAUGAGAAGGAAGUGGGGAUCUGGAGGUGUGAGCAUCAUGAGAUGACCAACCCAGAGUAUCGGAAGGAGUACUUCAAAAACAUGAGGCGCAGUGAGCCAGUCGAGGAGUAUGAGGAUCGCAACCGACUGUAUGCUGUAGAGACGCGGCUCAUCAACAGCGCCCAUUUCCCGGGCGAACCAACAAGGCAGCUUGCGCUGAAUGAUCUGCGUUUUCUGAUCAGCAUGUAUCUGCCAGAGAGUCUUCCUGUGGAUUGA